CUGCUUCCGCGAAGUACCCUACUGCCUUCUCUCCGAUCAAAUCGUCUCUCUCCAUCCCGUUGCUCGUAAGUCGCAACCCGCGAAAUUUCAACACCAAAAAAUCAGGCGAGCCUGCCCAAAGCAAACGCGUCCAGAACGGCCAGGACGCGUCAAGAACGCCGUAUAAAUACCAUCACGAGCACCAUCGUUGGUCCAUCAGUCACCUAUCUCACCAACACAUCCGUCGCCUUCUCGAGCAGAUCACCAGUUCAGUUCAGGACGCGCAGAUGGCCUCCUACGAGAAGCAGCAGCCGCCGCCGCAGCCGCCGGCGAACGCGGCGCCCUACUACGCGUACCCGGCCCCGCAGCAGCCGUACUACGCGCCCCCGCCUCCCCCUCCGCCCGCCCCGCGCCGGAGCGGCCCCGGCUGCCUCCUCUGCUUCGUCUUCAAGGUCAUCGCCCUAGUCAUCAUCGCGCUGGGCGCCGCCACCCUCGUGCUCUGGCUCAUCCUGCGCCCGGGCGCCGUCAGGGCCACCGCCGUCUCCGCCACGCUCUCCCGCUUCGACCUGGCCGAAGGCGUACGCGGCGGCGAGGGGGUCCUCCAGUACAACCUCACCGUGGACGUCCGCGUCCGCAACCCCAACCGCUACCGCAUCCACUACGAGUACGCCGAGGCGCAGGCGUCCUACGACGGCGAGCGCUUCGGGUACGACCCCGUGGAGCCCUUCUACCUGGAGAGGAAGGGCGAGCGCACCGUCACGGCCGCGUUCGCCGGGUCGUCCGUCGUCGACGACCGCGGCGCGCUGCGCUCGUACCGGAGGGAGAGGGGCGACGGCUUCUACUACGUCAAGGUGAGGCUGUACGCCGACCUCGGGUUCAAGGUCAGGGUCUUCAACGCGCGCCGCAAGAGCAAGAUCAGCUGCACGCUGCGCCUGCCGGUGCCGAACGCGAGCGCGACGCCGGUGCCGACGAUGCUGGGGACGAGGUGCGCCGUGGACUUCUGAUCCGCCCCGGUUCGUCAUAACGGGAUAUGCUUCCGCCGGCUGCCGUGGCAAAGAUUAUAUUUUGUUUGACGCUGGUAGUAGUAUGUGUUUGUCAUUUUGAAACCAUGCAUUAGAGAGGGUGGCCGUGAUUAAAUUAUUCUUGUACGCGCGUCUAGAUUCUUUCGUCUACAUUCGAUGUGCAUAUAUUUAUGAAUAAAUCGACAUCUCGAAUCCGUUUGUUA